CCCGCCCCGGCUCGGGCAGCGGGAGGACCAGGAGCUGAGGACCCCGAUCCCGCGGCGGCGGCGGGGACGAUGUGGUUCUUUGCCCGGGACCCGGUCCGGGAUUUCCCGUUUGAGAUCAGCCCGGAACUCCCCGAGGGCGGCCCGCCCGGGCCCUGGGUCCUGCACCGCGGCCGCAAGAAGGCCACAGGCAGCCCGGUGUCCAUCUUCGUGUAUGACGUGAAGCCCGGCGUCGAAGAGCAGACCCAGGUGGCCAAAGCUGCCUUCAAGCGCCUCAAAACUCUCCGGCACCCCAACAUCCUGGCCUACAUCGACGGGCUGGAGACAGACAGAUGCCUCCACAUAGUGACAGAGGCUGUGACCCCGCUGGGAGCGUACCUCAAGGCGCGAGCAGAGGCUGGUGGCCUGAGGGAACUGGAGCUCUCCUGGGGGCUACACCAGAUUGUGAAAGCCCUCAGCUUCCUGGUCAACGACUGCAGCCUCAUCCACAACAAUGUCUGCAUGGCCGCUGUGUUCGUGGACCGCGCUGGCGAGUGGAAGCUUGGGGGCCUGGACUACAUGUACUCAGCCCAGGGCAAUGGUGGGGGACCUCCCCGCAAGGGGAUCCCCGAGCUUGAGCAGUACGAUCCCCCGGAGUUGGCUGAUGGCAGUGGCAGAGCGGUCAGAGAGAAGUGGUCAGCUGACAUGUGGCGCUUGGGCUGCCUCAUCUGGGAAGUCUUCAAUGGGCCCCUACCUCGUGCAGCCGCCCUGCGAAACCCUGGGAAGAUCCCCAAGUCACUGGUGCCCCAUUACUGUGAGCUGGUCGGAGCCAACCCCAAGGUACGUCCCAACCCAGCCCGCUUCCUGCAGAACUGCCGGGCACCUGGUGGCUUCAUGAACAACCGCUUUGUGGAGACCAACCUCUUCCUGGAAGAGAUUCAGAUCAAAGAGCCAGCCGAGAAGCAAAAGUUCUUCCAAGAGCUGAGCAACAGCCUAGACUCGUUCCCCGAGGAUUUCUGCCGGCACAAGGUGCUGCCCCAGCUGUUGACCGCCUUCGAGUUCGGCAACGCGGGGGCUGUUGUCCUCACGCCCCUGUUCAAGGUGGGUAAGUUCCUCGGCGCUGAGGAGUAUCAGCAGAAGAUCAUCCCUGUCGUGGUCAAGAUGUUCUCAUCGACUGACCGGGCCAUGCGUAUCCGCCUCCUACAACAGAUGGAGCAGUUCAUCCAGUACCUUGAUGAGCCAACAGUCAACACCCAGAUCUUUCCCCACGUCAUGCAUGGCUUCCUGGACACCAACCCUGCCAUCCGGGAGCAGACAGUCAAGUCCAUGCUGCUCCUGGCCCCGAAGCUGAACGAGACCAACCUCAACGUGGAGCUGAUGAAGCACUUCGCGCGGCUGCAGGCUAAGGAUGAACAGGGCCCCAUCCGCUGCAACACCACCGUCUGCCUGGGCAAAAUCGGCUCCUACCUCAGUGCCAGCACCAGACACAGGGUCCUCACCUCCGCCUUUAGCCGGGCCACUAAGGACCCGUUUGCACCCUCCCGGGUCGCGGGUGUUUUGGGCUUCGCCGCCACCCACAACCUCUACUCGAUGAAUGACUGCGCCCACAAGAUCCUGCCUGUGCUCUGCAGCCUCACCGUGGAUCCUGAGAGAUCCGUGCGGGACCAGGCCUUCAAGGCCAUUCGAAGCUUCCUGUCCAAACUGGAGUCUGUGUCGGAGGACCCCACCCAGCUGGUCGAAGCGGAGAAGGAUGUCCACGCAGCCUCCAGCCCUGGAAUGGGAGGAGCCGCAGCCAGCUGGGCAGGCUGGGCCGUGACAGGGGUCUCCUCACUCACCUCUAAGCUGAUCCGUGCACACCCCACGGCUGCCCCAGCCGAGACCAACGUUCCCCAGAGACCCGUGCCUGAGGGACUUCCUGCCCCAGCCCCGACCCCUGUCCCUGCCACACCCACGACCUCAGGCCACUGGGAGACACAAGAGGAGAGCAAGGACGCAGAAGAGGACAGCACUGCUGCCGACAGAUGGGAUGAUGAAGACUGGGGUAGCUUGGAGGAGGCUGAAUCUGUGUUGGCCCAGCAGGACAACUGGAGUACUGGGGGCCAAGCCAGCUGGGCUGGGCAGACCAGCAACCCUGGUCACAAAUCCCAGGAGUCAGACUGGAGCAGCUGGGAAGCCGAGGACGCAUGGGAGCAGGGCUGGCAGGAGCCAAGCCCCCCGGAGCCACCCCCUGAGGGCACGCGGCUGGCCAGCGAGUACAACUGGGGUGGACCGGAGCCUAGUGACAAAGGCGACCCCUUUGCUGCCCUGUCAGUGCGUCGGGAGGCUGGUGCCCAGCCGAGGCGGGACUCGUGGGGUGAUGACAACUGGGAGGGCCUGGAGGCCGAGAGCCGACAGGCCAAGGCGGAGCUAGCCCGGAAGAAGCGCGAGGAGCGUAGGCGGGAGAUGGAGGCGAAACGCGCUGAGAAAAAGACAGCCAAGGGCCCCAUGAAGCUGGGAACCCGGAAGCUGGACUGAACCGCGGGUGUGGGUGCUUCCCAGCCUCGGAGAGCAGGCCCCGCAGAUGUAUUUAUUGUACAAACCCUGGGAGCCCGGCCGGCCUGGCCAGGCACAUCUCACAUAUACAUAAUCAGAGCCACAAUAAAUUCUAUUUCGCACCCCCUGUGCUGGGCUCAGUCUAGCCCCUCCGAGGAGGCUGGGGUCUGGUGCUGCCCUUCGGAGACCGCGCCCAC